ACCAGACCAGACGCCCCCAAAUGGCAGAGUAGCGUCACCAGUUAGCAUGGCAGGAGACCUGCCUGGAACACACCAACAUCAGGGGGAAACUACGGCCUGAACAACAGACACACCGGGAAUUACACGCCAGCCAACCACACAGACGGACCGGAACCGCUUGCCUGAAACGAUUCACAACUCAGAAUCAGCAUGAAGAUCAUGGAACACAUUCCAACGCUGCAGAUUGUGUGCCUGGCGCUGUUUGGAGCGAGCGUUGGACUGCAGACAGCUCCAAGCAUCACGACCCUGUUGGAGACCAUAGACAUCCCGCUGGAUCACAACGCCACGUUCUUCUGUGAGGUUGACUCUCGGCCGCCAGCUGAUAUCACAUGGACACGAAAUAACCGUGCCAUCCCUUACUAUGACUCCCGCUACAUCACCAAGGAGAACGGCCAGAUGCUGUUCAUUCCCAACGUGAAAGAAUCCGAUAACGGGGAAUACUGUUGUACCGCUAAUAAUGGCAUCGGAGAGCCGGCCAAGAGCUGUGGAGCCCUCCAGCUGAAGAUGAAGCCCCAGAUAAAACGACACCCUACAAACUUGACUUUGCUCAUUGAGUCUAAAGCAGUGUUGCCAUGUGUGACGCUAGGAAACCCCAAACCUGAGAUCUCCUGGAUCAAAGAUGAUAAUCUUAUACAGGUGAGCGACCGGAUCAGCAUUCUGGAUUACGGCGCUCUGAAAAUCCAUAAUAUAAAGAAGGAAGACGCUGGGCAGUAUCGCUGUGUAGCCAAAAACAGUUUUGGGAUUGCCUUCUCAAAACCUGUCACAAUAGAAGUACAGGCCCCGGCCCGGAUACUCCGAGUGCCCAAGGAUAAGAAAGUGGCCUUUGGGAGUGAAGUUUCUCUGGAAUGUAAUGCAACCGGGAAUCCCAUCCCCACCAUCACCUGGCUGGAGAACGGGAAUACUGUGUCAGAGAGUUCUGUAGACGAGACCAUAAUUGGGGAGGUGAUUUUGUCUGUCCUCCACAUAACAGUGACUAAACCAGCUCGAUACACCUGCUUGGCCUCCAACAGACACAGUGCUGGGGCCAACUCUGUCAAAUCUAGUGCUGGAGUCACCAUCCAAGAGUGGAGGCUAUAUAAAGGCAGCUCUGGUUACUGCAACACAUACCGUGGUGAUGUCUGUCGAAUGCAGCGGACCAACGCAUUGGUCUUCUUUAACUCCUCCCUCAACAACCCAGAGGACAUGCAGGAGUUCCUGGUUCAAAGCGCCUGGGCGGAGCUGGGUGGACUGAGCGCGCUCUGUAGACCAGCAGCUCAUUCCCUGCUAUGUCACCACUCCUUUCAGGACUGCAACCCUUCUGGCCUGGGCCCCUCCCCUAAACCUGUCUGCAGGGAGCACUGCCUGGCGGUAAAGGAGUUGUACUGUAAUAAGGAGUGGUUGCAGAUGGAGGAGAGCUCCCACAAGGACCUGUAUUCCUCUGGCCUGUCUAUCGCGCUGCCCCACUGCCUCUCCCUGCCCUCUCAGCAUGAACACCGAGGGGCCUGCACCCCUGUCCCCUUCCUCGAAAUAAAUAAAGAUCAAAUCACAACAAUGUGUUACAACGACAAGGGAAGGUAUUACCAAGGACCAGUCAGCAGCACCAGCUCAGGUAUCCCCUGUCAGAGGUGGAGCCAAAAGGUUCCCCAUCUGCACCAUCUCAGUGUGGAUGUGAUUCCAGAACUGAGGAAUGCAGAGAACUUCUGCCGGAACCCCGGGGGGGAGAAUGAGAAGCCCUGGUGUUACACAACCAACCCCAAUAUCCGCUGGGAAUACUGCAACGUUACGAAAUGUGAAGCCGUAGUGACAACAGAGUUGUUGUUCCCUCAUCAGACACCUCUCCUACCCCCUACAUCUGUCUCUCCAGCUUACUCAAUGAGCAUCAUCAUCUGUCUCCUAGCAGCUUUUGCUGCCACAGCCUUUCUCACCAUCAUCUUUCUCAUGUGCAGACGGAAGAGGAAGAUGUGGAAGAAUCGCAAGAGAGCCAUGGAGACCCCUACCCUGACAGCCUUACCAUCUGAACUCCUUCUGGACCGCCUCCACCCCAACCCCAUGUACCAACGCCUCCCCCUCCUCCUCAACUCCAAGCUGCUGGCCCUAGAGUAUCCCAGGAACAAUAUUGAAUAUGUCCGGGACAUUGGAGAGGGUGCCUUUGGACGUGUCUUUCAGGCCAGAGCUCCUGGCCUCCAACCCACUGAGCCUGUCACCAUGGUAGCAGUGAAGAUGUUGAAAGAAGAAGCCUCUACCGAUAUGCAGAAUGACUUCCAGAGAGAAGCUGCUCUCAUGGCCGAGUUCGACCAUCCCAAUAUUGUCAGGUUGCUUGGUGUGUGUGCAGUAGGGAAGCCAAUGUGUCUAAUGUUUGAGUACAUGGCUCACGGAGAUCUAAAUGAGUAUCUGCGCCGACAUAGCCCCACCCAACAUCACAGCCUCAGCCGUGCCAGCCUAUCAGGACGCAGCUUCUCCUCCGAGCUGGAUGCAGGCCCCCUAUACUGCGAAGACCAACUGUUCAUAUCCAAGCAGGUGGCGGCAGGUAUGGCAUACCUGUCAGAACGCAAGUUUGUCCACCGUGACCUGGCAACCCGGAACUGCCUGGUAGGAGAGGAGAUGGUGGUGAAGAUCGCUGACUUUGGUUUGUCCAGAAACAUCUACUCAGCUGACUACUACAAGGCCAACGAGAAUGACGCCAUCCCCAUCCGCUGGAUGCCUCCGGAGUCCAUCUUUUACAACCGCUACACCACAGAGUCAGAUGUGUGGGCCUACGGCGUGGUCCUCUGGGAGAUUUUCUCCAAUGGCAUGCAGCCAUACUAUGGCAUGGCCCACGAGGAGGUCAUCUACUAUGUGAGGGACGGCCACAUCCUGUCCUGCCCUGAUAACUGCCCCUUAGAGCUGUACAACCUGAUGAGGCUGUGUUGGAGUAGUCACCCCACAGACCGGCCCAGCUUCAGCAGUAUCCAUCGCAUCCUAGAACGCAUCCAUGAGAAAACACUGAGACCUCCCCUACACGAACUAAAGCUAACUCUGCCUGCGUCAGAGAUAACACCGGCUUUGCCUGCCCUGCCUAAAUUGUCUCCAUUCUGUCCCCACCCUGCAUUGUGUCCGGGGCCUGGGUCAGGGCCCAUUGAUUGACACUUCAAACUGCCAGAAAUGUAAUCAGAUGUCCAAUCAUUAGUGAUAGUUCCUGUACUACCCCCAAACAAAGAUGACUGGAUCCAAUCUGGUCUCAUUGUCAUGUACCUUUGCAGUUCUGCCUGUGUGUAUGUGUGUUAAUUGCCUACAAGUGCAGGAGGGUGAUUGGACGGCGGUUUUCCCGCCUGUCGUUACUGUUCCGGUCAAGAACUGGACAGGUGGCAUCGUGGUUCAAAUGCACAGACACAAGGUUAAGAAAACCGACUGCCGCAUAGAUUCACCUUAAUGUUGACAUUAAUGUUGUUGGCCUUGGGCAGGAGCAGAGACUCUCAUGUCUCUCAUAUAUAGAAGAGACCAAGAUGAAUGUGUAUUUCAGAUAUUUAAUUCAGUUCAAAGGGGCUUUAUAGGACACUUUUUGACUAUGUCAAACAAUCACAAAACAAAUUCUUCCCAGCUGCCUGUUUCACUUCCCCAUGGGAAAUAAAAUCAGACGGACUCCUACAAGUAGAGGGAAGGAAAGCUGUACCCUUCCACCCCAGGACUCUAGACUACAUCUACAAACUGUAAUAUACUGUACCCUUCCACCCCAGGACUCUAGACUACAUCUACAAACUGUAAUAUACUGUACCCUUCCACCCCAGGACUCUAGACUACAUCUACAAACUGUAAUAUACUGUACCCUUCCACCCCAGGACUCUAGACUACAUCUACAAACUGUAAUAUACUGUACCCUUCCACCCCAGGACUCUAGACUACAUCUACAAACUGUAAUAUACUGUACCCUUCCACCCCAGGACUUUAGACUACAUCUACAAACUGUAAUAUACUGUACCCUUCCACCCCAGGACUCUAGACUACAUCUACAAACUGUAAUAUACUGUACCCUUCCACCCCAGGACUCUAGAUUACAUCUACAAACUGUAAUAUACUGUACCCUUCCACCCCAGGACUCUAGACUACAUCUACAAACUGUAAUAUACUGUACCCUUCCACCCCAGGACUUUAGACUACAUCUACAAACUGUAAUAUACUGUACCCUUCCACCCCAGGACUCUAGACUACAUCUACAAACUGUAAUAUACUGUACCCUUCCACCCCAGGACUCUAGAUUACAUCUACAAAUAUACUGCAUUCUUCCAUUCAACAGCUUCAUCUAUAAUCUAGACACUAGAGACAUAUGACAAAGAUUAGAGGCCGUGAAUGUAGGGUUAGUUCCGUAAAUUAAUCCAGCACCUAGUUACUACAUGAUUUAACUAUUCUUCCAAUGACAUCACUCUAACUCAUGUGUAUUCCAGCACUGGCACAUACUUGCUUUUGUUUUGUUUUAAGACUAAUUAUUAUUCCAGUUUUGGGCAUUCUUAUUGAGUUACAAUUUUCUGUUUUUAAUGUGCUUUAUCAAAAUAGCAUGUUUCGAAAAAGUGAUUAUGAUAGACUUGAACCCAGCUAUCUAGCUUUGAUGAUGUAUACAUCUAGGUUAAUGUCACUCACUUUUGGAGAUUGGAGAUUUGGGGUUUUGGUUUUGACCUAUAUAUUAAUUUGUGAAUUACAUAUUUUGUUUUUAUAAAAAAUAUAUUACAUUCAAAUUGCGUGAUCAGGGCAACAAUAUGAAUUGAAUGACAAAUGAACUCACUGUAAGAGCCACAUUCUUAAUUAUCAUUUCAAUUGUGUUAUACAGCGUUUAGUCCUUUAAUGCUAGAUAUUUUAGGGGUUUUAGUAAUUCGAACGUACUUUAGAGCUAAACAAUAUAUUAUUGGUUAUUUAAAGUAUUACUGUGAUUGAUCUAAGGCGCAUGUGCCACUGUUCAUGAGGCACGUGCAACUGUUCUUUCUAAAUUGACGGUUGUUGGAAAUGUUAGAAAGAAAGAUGUUAUGUAAGAUUAGGGCUAUAAAGUUUUUGACCGUAACUUAGCGUAGCUCAUUCGAACAUUGUAAAGUAUAUAAGGUACUUGAAUUGACAACCAAUGUUUGUACUCAAUCAUUGGAAGCUAUUGAGAAUGGAAAGCUCCAAUAAACGCCCCUGGACCGUAUUCCUGCUACGUGUUGGAUUCGUGAGUACAACGCUAACUAACUCAAGCCAAGAAAGCAAGCAAUUCAGAAGUGUACAAAUGCAUAGUUGAAUUUGGAUACGCGUCAAACAUCCGAUUGAUCUACAUAGCAGCCUAAGCGGCGUUAGGAAAGUAAAGCGACCACAAUACUCACUUUAAAAUGGUUUUCAGUUCGUUUGAAAUUGACUGAAUGUGAUUGCAUCUGUCAUUGUUUUCUCAUAACUAACACGCCAUAAUCAUACAUGAUAAGUGUCAUGUCUUUACAACCAGUACAUAUUGUUCCGAUGUGUUACAGCUGCAGGGUCUAUUUGUUUGUAAAGACAGAUGGCGCUGUUUCACCAUAAUCACGCUUGGCACAAUAAAGUUAGAUUUUCAUAGAGAACAGCUUGGACACAUCAUCGUCUUUGAGUUUCUCAGAGUUCAACUGGAAUUUCAACACAAUAGACCAUUUGACCAAGCAAACCCACAGCAGUCAGCCCCUCCGCCAAAACCAUGACAUUCCACUCUUCUUCUGUCAGUUUGAUAUGUGGCUCCAGAAAGG